GUUAAGUCGAUCGUUACAGACGGACCGGUCGUGUCCUUAAUUUAUUUAUUUAUCUAUUAAACUAAUUUAUUAACUAGGUUAACAAUAUUAACGUUACAAAUAUGUUUAAAGAAGUAGCUGUGUUUUUAUUAGCAUCAGCGGCAGUAUUAUGUCAGCACCCGAAGGAUUUUGAGUACUACCACAUUUUGCAUUUACCUCACGACCCACCAUUACACCCCGUGUUCGAAAAACCUCCACCUACACGCUUUAGCUGCCAAGGCCGAAGUAGAGGGUAUUAUGCCGACGUGGAAAGUGGAUGUCAGGCAUAUCAUUUCUGUUGGCAUCAACAUUUGGUUAGCACGGACCUUUGCACCAACGGUACCCUUUUCAACGAACAAUUCCAGGUAUGCGACCAUUUCUACAACGUACGAUGCGGAUCUCCUUAUGAAGACUUGUAAAUUAUUUAAUUGAUAAUUAAUUGUUAUUAGUUUAAUAAU